GAGCAACAACCAAAACCAUCAACCCAAAUUCACAUUACAAACAACACCAAACCAUCAACCAAAAUUAACGUAACACAAUUCCAACAGACACAGUUUUCCACAAAAGAACAACCCUCCAUACUCCACUCAACUCCCAGAAAAAUUUCAUACUACUAGCAAUAAAUUAUUAAUUAACUAACCAUAUAAAGUAGUUUGUAGCAGACGCAUUUCCCCCAAUCUCACCCUAUUCCUCGGAAAACACAAUAAGUAAUAAAAUCCUUCUAAAAACUCAAACUUCCUCCAUUUUCAUUCCUCCAAAAAAAACUCAAUAAAAUUUCAAAAUACUCCUCUAAAUAUAAAAAAAAUGCAUGCAAAGAGUGAUUCAGAUGUAACAAGUAUGGCAACAAUGUCACCACCAAGAUCACCUAGUAGAAGCAGGGCAGUAUACUACGUAGAAAGUCCAUCAUUUUCACAACAUGAUAAUCUUGAUAAAUUAUCAUAUGCUACAUUAAGUCCUAAUACUUCUCCUACACGACAAUUUCAAUACCAUUGUUCACCAAUUCACCAUUCUCGUGAAUCUUCUACUUCACGUUUGUUUUCGUCGUCUUCUUUGAAGCACCAGUAUGGACGCUCAAGUGGGUGGCGCAGGAUUUAUGGUGGUCGGAGAUUGGGCGAGGAGAGAGACUGUCAUGGCGGAGAAGAGGAUGAGGAGGAGGACGACGACGGUGGUGGUGGGCCAAGUUUAAGGUUUUAUGUUGGGUGUUUUUUGGUGUCGUUUGUGGUGUUGUUUACUGUGUUUUCUGUUAUUCUUUGGGGGGCUGCUAAGUCUUUUCACCCUCACAUUCUCGUCAAGAAUAUGGUAUUCCUGGAUUUCACUAUACAAGCAGGAUUGGACGGCACAGGAGUGCCGACGGAUAUGUUAUCCCUAAAUUCAACGGUGAGGAUGUACUACAGAAACCGCGCCACAUUUUUUGGAGUUCAUGUCACUUCUUCUCCUUUUCAACUCUACUACUAUGACCUCAAAGUUGCCUCUGGUCAGAUGAAGAAAUUCUACCAGAAAAGGAGGAGCCAUUCAAACAUAACAACAGUGGUACAUGGACAUCAAAUCCCUCUCUAUGGUGGAAUGUCAGUUGUAUCAAAUGCAAGGGCAGGUAAUAGCUUGCAUACAGAAAAAGUGAAUGUUGGAUUGAAUCUAACAUUUACUGUUCGAUCGAGGGCUUACAUAUUAGGGAAGCUGGUCAAGUCCAAGUUCUAUAAGCACAUCAGAUGCCCUGUCACUUUACAUGCCACUCGUCUUGGCAAACCCAUGAAUUUGCUACAUUCUUGUGUUUAUGAAUGAGUGAAUGUACAAGACUAAGUUAUUGUGGCAGUUUUCUUUUGGGCAAGACUUCCAGUUAUCAGUCAAAAUGGCUGAGGAUUUCUUGUGGAUUGGAAUCCCUUAUCGCCCUCAAAAUACGUGGCCUUUGUCAUCUUUGGCAUGUUAAUUAACGAAUCAAAAAAAAAAAUGAAAGAGUGAUUGUUAGAGCUCUUAUUUGGGGAUAUGUUAGUAGUAAAUCUGGAAUUUAGAAUUUUAGCUUGAUUGUUGGAAAGAGCUGAUUUUUAAUUUUAGGGAAAGGCUUUGUCAUAUGUAUGUUUUAGAUGUUUGAUGGUCAUUUGGUAGGCAACUUUAGAAGAAAAGUUAAGUAUUAACACUUAUUUUUGUUGCUGGCUUUGGAAAUGUACUUAAACAAAACUUUGGUUGCAAUAAAAAUUACAGUAAUAGCUAAAAA